AUGGACAUCUACCGUCAGCUAUCGACAUCGGAUACUGCCCACUACAAGCUUGUCCAGCUCAAUCCCGAGCUUGUGCUGGCGAUUGAAAAGGGGGAGGAGAUUGUCAUCAAACAAUCGGCGACGCUGGAGCCUCAGUUGGUGAUGACUUCCGCUGCGUCAACUUGGAAAAUCCGUCAGAUGAACCACUCCAAUCUGGUGCUAUUGAUGCAGGAAUCCAAGGAUAUGAAUGUUGGUGCCUAUGCCUCUGGUGCCAGUGAUCCUGAGCCUGGAAUGGUCGGCGUGGCAUUGUGUACUUACGAGUAUGAACUCACGGCGAUGAAAGGGUACAUUGAUCCGCAAAUGAUACCAAUAUACACGGGAGGAGACGUCCCUAAGAAAGUGCUGAUGGCUCAGCUUCUCGACGACUCGCCGGUGUCCCCAGCAGAGUUUGCUGAGGCGUGGUCAAAGCUAGGCGGGUGUGAGCUUGAUGGGUACGCGGUGAUCUUAUCUACUGAAGUGGUUUCUCGAGUGCUUUAUCUUGUACUUACCACUUUAAUUGCACAUCAAGUGGAUUACAAUGAAAAGUUACCGGUAGAGGACAUUAUCAAUUGGCUUCCAUCAGAGAGUCCCGCAGUGGUACGUUCAGUGGUGGCUAAAUUUUGCCAGGGUGAUAAGCUUGAUAACAAUGCCGUGGUCCGGUGGUUUGGCAUUGAAAAGCUUAAGGAUUUGAAGAAUCAAACGGUGGUUCAUAAGAUUUUCUUACUCAAAUGGAAAUCAAGUCUUCCGGAGUUUUAUAGCGUGCCGCUCGACAUUGCUGAACUAAAAGGGUACUACUUCACUCCCGUUGAUGGUAUGAUCCAGUAUAUUGAUAAGGAUCUGCUUGCCAAUGACAUCAAGGUUCGCGUGGCUCAGCUUCUUGAUCGCCAACGCCAAUGGGACUACGAUGAGUUUGUCUCCCUUAUCGACGACUUGGUGCCUGCGGGUAAGAAACCCGAUACGUUGAUUAUGAAACAUGCCCGUAAAAAACGGGUGGGGUCGAAGUUUGUCGUCACUUCUCGUUAG